AUGCAUAUCCAAUCAAUUGUGGUGGCCCUCGUGGCCCCCAUUCUGGCUUCAUCCUACCGCUUCAACCCCCUAGAGCACUCGUCCGGAAUCGCCCCUUAUUUCACCCCCCACGAUCCGCCGCUGGAAGCUUCCCCUCCGCAGGGCUGCAAUGUCACCCGGGCAGCCUAUCUCGUCCGCCAUGCGGCCAUAUACGCCAAUGAUUUCGACUACGAAACGUAUAUCGAGCCCUUCGUGCAGAAAUUGCACAACACCACGCAGAAGUGGUCCGCCACAAAGUCCCUGAAAUUCUUGUCCAAUUGGACCGCUCCAAUCUCGGACGACGAGCUGGAAAAGCUCACUCGCGUUGGCUUGCAAGAGGCGCGCUCGCUAGGCGUGACCCUGAACAAGCGAUAUGCGCAUCUGAAGAAGCCAACCAAGCUCUGGUCCUCCACGGCCGAGAGAACCGUGAAGAGUGCCCAGGGCUUUAUCGAAGGCUUCACGAACAACCGCACGAAAUUGCUUAACUUGACUCAGGUCGCGGAGAGCAAGAAAGCGGGCGCGGAUUCUCUGACUCCAUACAAGGCCUGUUCUGCCUACAGCAGCUCGUACGGGAGCGACCAGUCGGAAAAUUUCAUGAAAGUCUAUACAAAACCAAUCAUCGCCCGUCUUAAUGCUGAGGCCCGCUCGUUCAAUUUCACAGAAGACGACGUUACCGGCAUGUUCGAGCUUUGUGGCUACGAAACUGUUAUCCGGGGUUCAUCGCCUUUCUGCUCCUUGGACUUGUUCACGCCGGACGAAUGGCUGGGCUUUGAAUACACCAAUGACCUCCAGUACUUCUACAACACCGGCUACGGUCGCGAUCUGUCCCCCAGCCUUGGAUUCCCAUGGGUCAAUGCGAGCGUUGCGGCCCUAGACGAGGAGUCCCGGUCCCAGGAACUAUUUGUCUCGUUUACUCACCGCGAGCUUCCUCCUACGGUCAUCACGGCAUUGGGCUUGUAUAACAACAGCGCUUACACGGGAGCCAACAACGUGAACCAGACUAUGCCCCAGAAUCGAAUUAACUACAACCGCGCUUGGAAGACGAGUCAGAUCCUCCCGUUCUUGGAGAACAUUGCCAUCGAGAAGAUGUCCUGUCAAAGCUAUGGGUACGACGAAGGGAGCUACUACCGACUGUUGAACAAUGCCGGCCCUCAGCCCCUGGUGGACUGUCAGGAUGGACCGGGCGGAAGCUGCUCCAGCGAACAAUUCCACGAUUUCAUCCGCCAGAGGCGAGAAUUGUUCGGCGACUUCAACAAGGCAUGCGGUGACAAGCAUCUCCCUGCCUCGUUGUCAAUCUACCAGCCUUGA